AUGAAGUCCCUGGAGCGCAGCCCAGGGUGCGUCUGUGCCCCUGGUGAAAUGGGACAGCUCCAACCCUUGUUUAUGAAAUCAGUUCUAAUUAUGCGGAGCCGCAGACAUCGCGUGACGCGACCACCACCUCACACCGACCCCUCUCCACCCCAGGUCACUCGCAGGACGCAGCUCCACCCACGCAAAACGUUUUCAACUUUCAGGGAAGACACACUGCGCGCCUGCACGUCCCGCCCCCACGCCCGACAUUGUUCACACUGUUGCGUGUGGACCGAGUUCCUGGCCCCGCCCCUCACCGGCCAGCUUCGCUCCAGCAUCGCGUCAAGGCGCACGCGCAGCUUCCCGCAGAACCGGAAGCGGAUCUCGCGGGGCCUCGGAAGUUUCUCUGGUGUCAGGUUUUCUGCCUCGAACGGGCCUAUUGUGGGCGUGCAGUCCUCGUGCUCCCCAGCUGGACUUGAGAGAUCAGAACCCCUGAGCCUGCUAGUCCCACUCCUGAGACGUUGCCGGGAGACGUUUCGCGUCCUGUUGCUGUGUGCGGGUAUUUUGGCUGAGUCUUCAGGUGAUGGAUUUUCACCAAAUGACGACAUUAAUAAGGAGGAAUUAUUCCAUCUCAUAUUAACAGAAAAAACUGACAAUCAUGGCAGCAAAGGCUUUGACCUCAAGGAUAUCUGGGAAAAUACUCAUGAAGUUGACUGCCAGUGGGGACAUGACAUAAAAGAUUACAAAGGAGUGCCUUUGACCUGUAACAGAAGUCUCAUUCAUGGAAAGGAUGGACAGCACCAUGAAUCCUCAGUUAAUUUUCCUCUAAAGCAGAAUGUUUCUGUAACAGAGAGUGCAUACCAGAAUGUCAUACAUGAUGAACCAUUUAUAAGGAAUGUAUUAAAACUGAAAAAUCAUGCAAGUUAUUCUGGAAAGAAGUAUUUGAAGUGUUUUGAAAACAGAAUUGGACUAAGUUUACAGGCACAACUGGCUGAAUAGAGAUUGCAAACUGAGGAGAAAACUUACAUAUGUAACCAAGUUGCGACAUCUGUCAACAGUGGCUCCUCAGUUUCACCACUUCAAAGAAUUCCUCCUGAUGUCAAAAGUAACCUUUGUUACAAAUACAAGGAGAUUUCUAAAUACCUUUUUUUACCUACACAAUAUGGGCCAGCACACACUAGAGAAAAAUCAUACAAGUGUGACACCUGUGGGAAAGCUUUUAGCACAAGUUCAAACCUCACCAAUCAUCACAGAAUUCAUUCUAGACAGAGACCUUACAAAUGUGGUGAAUGUGGCAAAGCCUUUAAGCAGCCUUUGAAACUCACUAGACAUCAGAGAGUAUACACAGAAGAGAAACCAUAUAAAUGUAAUGUUUGUGGCAAGUCCUAUAAUCAAAAUCCACGUGGUGGAAGACAUCAGCGAAUGCAUACUGGAGAGAAACCUUUCAAAUGCACGUGUGGUAAGGCUUUUAACCAGCAUUCACACCGUUGGCAUCAUGAGAGAAAUACUGGAGAGAAACCUUAUAAAUGUACUGAAUGUGACAAAGCCUUUGCUGAAUGUUCAAAUCUCACUCAACACAAGAGAAUCCAUGCUGGAGAGAAACCUUACCAAUGUACUAAGUGCGGCAAAGCUUUUACCCAACUUGCAAACCUUACUAGCCAUCAGAAAAUACAUAAUGAAGAGAAACAUUGUAAUAUAUGUGGUAAUGCUUUCAUCCAAAGCUCAAGCCUUGGAAUCAGAGAGUUUGUAAUAGUGGAAAAUGUUAAGUACAGUGUUUGA